CCGACUGUCUGUCUGUAGUCCACAUCUCUGCUGGUAAAAUGAAGGUCCUCAAGCCUCGAAAGAUCACAGACACUCACGUGAUCGUGGAAGUUACUCACCUCUCUUCCUUUGGCCUCGUGUGGAACAUAAAGAGGUUUUGGAACAAGGAGAAACCAGUUUCGGGUCAAGUUUUGCUGUUCCUUGAACCAAUAAACUUUAGAACACAGAGACAAAACCUCAAUGUGCUUCUCCUGACAAGCAACAUCCCAGUGGAAGAGGUCAGGGUGAAAUACAGAGAUGCUAACUUCAUCCAAGCACCUUCCAAAUGUAAACUCAUCAAAGACCACAGAUACACUGUUCUCUGUCCAGUUGCCUAUAAAGUCCAGCCUCCAGAAGAAGAUUUUGACCUGGAUUUUGGAACAAACUACCCUCCAACAUUUCAGAUCCGCCUUCCUGCAGACACUGAAGAAGUCACAAUAACAAUCCAAGGCCAAACAAACACAGAUGUCUGGAAAUGCACUAUUGAUCUACCAGAAAGAACACGCAGUCAGUCAACACCCCAGAUCCUCCCACCAGACAAGCAUCUGUUUGCAGUUCGGAAGCAGUUUGUGGAUCAAGUGUCAGAUUCGACUGUGAACCAGCUGCUGGACAGCCUGCUCCAACAAGGAAUUAUAAAUAAGGAAGAAAUGGAUUCAGCCAGAAUCAAACCCAGAGCUGACCGAGCUCGAGAUGUGAUAGAUGUGGUGCGAAACAAAGGAGAAGAAGCCAGCUCAUCCCUGAUUGAUGGCCUCCGUGAGUUGGAUCCAUACCUUUCUGAAACCCUGCACCUGAGCUAAGAUGAGCUGAAACAGUUCUUUAAUGAAGUUAUUGUAAAGCCGUACUGCUGUCUGAGUUUGGUAAAUUUAAAAUGAAGGCCUAAUUUUCAUUGUUUGUUUCUUGGUUUUGUAUAUUUUUGUCAUUUGUUUUCCUUGUGAGCGUGCUCAGAGAGAUAAUAAAUCAGAGCUCUAAUUAUUCAGUUGUCUGUCUCUGAUAUAUUUUUAUGGUUUCUUUUUGUUGUUUUUUCCUGAACCUGAAA